AUGAUAAGGGCUGAACAAUACCAAGAAAAAGAUCGCAUAUUGAAUUAAUCAAAUAAUGAACUGGGUAUUAAAAGGGGAGCUAAUUUCGUACUUUAUCAAAACAUUUAGGAAGAGGGAUUGAUUUAGUAAAUUAUACCCCUAAAGUAAGCCACCCUGUCCCUAUAUUUCACAUACUUUUUAUAUGUUAUUACACUUGGAUUCUUUUAUUUGAUUCUGAGAUGGAAAUUUAAUUGGAAAAUCUUUCUUCAAUAUAAAGAAGUAUAAAUCGAAUAAGCUGACUAUGUAGCAAUAUAUGGUCCAGACUUUGAUAUUUAGAUUGAAUAGCUUCAGAUUAUAAUGCCUCAAGGUAGGAGACUUAAGAUGUUUAUGUAUCGCUAUUAUCGUUAUGCAUUUUAUGAAGAGUUAAAUCAGAUAAUGCCAUUAAGUGAUUAAGUGAGUUAAUUUACUAAUAAGCAACUCAUCUCUUAAUUUUAGGGUGGACUUAGUGAAGGCUAGGUUGUUGAAACAAUUAAAAAAAAUGGUUUAAACUCAACUGAUAUUCCAGAAAGAAGCGCUUUUAGAAUUAUUAUUGAUGAAAUACUUUCUCCUUUUUACAUUUUUUAGAUAUUUAGUAUAAGUCUGUGGUAUUAUGAUGAAUAUCGUAUUUAUGCAUCUGUUAUUCUCUUUUCUUCUGUUGUCAGUAUUUUUUUGGAAGUGAGAGAGGCUAAAAGAAAUAUUAGAAAGCUUAAAGAAAUAAGUCAUCAAUCAGGGGAGUUUAAUGUUCUUAGAGAUAAUUAAAUUUAAAUCAUAGAUUCCAGACAAAUAGUAUUUGGAGAUACUGUCUAUUUAGAAGAGGACCACGUUGCUCCUUGUGAUUUAGUAAUAAUCGAAGGAAGUGCAAUUGUAAAUGAAGCCAUGUUAACAGGAGAAAGUAUUCCUGUCAUAAAAACUCAUAUUGAAAAUGUUGAUUCAUUAUUCAUAGAAAAUAAACAAACUAUAAUUUAUGCAGGAAGCAAGCUUCUAUCUCAAAAUCAUCUAAGAACACAAGCUAUUCGUAUUUCGUUUGAGACUUUAAAAGGCAAUUUAAUAAGAUCAAUUAUGUACCCAAAAAAACACAGCCAACUGUCAUUUUAUGCUGAUUCUAUUAAAUUCAUUUUAGUGUUAGCCUCAAUUGCAUUUUUAAGUUUCCUUAUAUCAGUGCCUUCUUUCAUUGUUGCUUACAAUAACGGUUAUAUGGAAAUAUCUGAAAUAAUAGUUAGAGCGUUAGAUCUCAUCACAAUCAGUGUUCCACCAGCACUUCCAACUGCGCUUUCCUUUGGAAUUUCUUUUGCCCUAAAAAGACUUAGCUAGAGCUAAAUUUUUUGUGUAAAUCCUCAAAAAAUUAAUGUUUGUGGUAAGGUUAAGACUGUUUGCUUUGAUAAAACAGGAACACUUACUGAAGAAGGACUAACGUUUAAAUGUAUUAAGGUGUGCAACAAAGCUAAAUUUGAAGAAGCUGAUAUAGAAAAUCUCUCUUCAGAGUAAGAAAAUGAAUAUAGUGAAAUGCAAAAAAUAAUUACAGCUUCAUGUCACAGCAUCAUGCUGCUAAAAGGAUAGAUGUUAGGAGAUCCUAUGGAUAUAGAGAUGUUUAAGUAAACAAAUUAUUCCAUUUAAGAAUCAGAACCAAAUUAAAAAGAAUAAGGACUGCCUAUAAUUGCUUAAAUUACCAAAGAAUCAUCUUAGAGCUAAAUUAAAUUAAUCAAAAGAUUCUAAUUUGAAUCAGAGUGUUAAAUGAUGUCAGUCCUCGCUAUUUAUAACAAUCAAAAGUUUGUUUUAUCAAAAGGUUCUCCUGAAAAGAUUGAGAGUAUUUGUGAGAAAUGGAGCAUUCCUUAAAAUUAUGAGGAAGUUCUUUAGUAAUAUACUUUAAAGGGUUACCGUGUGAUUGGUUUAAGCUUUAAAGAGCUGAAAGAGAUUGAUUUAGAAUAGGAGAGAAAUAGUUUUGAACAAAAGUAAGUGUUUGCUGGCUUUUUGAUAUUUGAGAAUAAGCUAAAAACUGUUACAAGUGAGCACAUCUAAUUAUUAAAAUCGAAGAGUAUAAUUGUAAUAAUGAUAACAGGUGAUAACGCAUUAACUGCAACUUAAGUGGCCAAGAACUGCUCAAUAAUAAAAGCUGAAACUCCUAUACAGAUACUAGACUAUUCUAUAACAACAAAAGUUACCACUUUAAACAACCAAUAAAUUUAAUUGAGGAAAGAAAGCGAUCUCGAACCUUUAUUGAAUUAAGAUUUAACAAUCACAGGAAAUUUUUUUGAAAAAUACAUGAAUCCUCUUAAUUAGGAAACUAAUCUUACUCUCUUGAUGGGUAUCCUAACUCAUGCUAAGGUUUAUGCAAGAAUGAAACCAGAUUAAAAACAAUAGCUUAUUUCACUACUUCAAAGACAAGACCCAAUCAAUUAUACUUUUGUAGCUAUGUGUGGUGACGGAGCAAAUGAUUGUGGAGCUCUUAAAGAUGCAGAUAUGGGUGUCUCUCUAAGUGAUACUGAGGCUUCAAUAGCAGCAUCUUUUACUAGUAAAAUUCAAAAUAUUAGUUGUAUAGAAAAAAUCCUGAGAGAGGGAAGAGCAUCACUUGUAACUUCAUUCUAAUGCUUUAAAUAUAUGGCGCUUUAUAGCUUAAUCUAAUGUACAACAACAACUAUUUUAUAUGUCUGUAAUAGUAUCCCAAGUGACAUGUAAUUCCUAUAUUGGGAUUUGUUCAUUAUAUUACCACUAGCUUUUAUGCUUGGCCUUACAGAAGCUUCCGAUCAACUGACUCACAAAACACCAACAGCCAAUUUAAUCUCUCACGAAGUUAUUACUUCAGUUGUAGGAUAGACAUCCAUUCAAAUUAUAUUCUAAAUUAUAGCUGUAAUGGUACUUAAGGGUUAGGAUUGGUAUAUAGAUAGUGUAGAUAUGUAUGAUAAGAGUGAAAUUGAGAGCUUAAAAACCGUCAGUGAAUGCUAUGACUCAACAACUUUGUUCUGGGUUACUAAUAUUCAGUACAUAGCUGUAGUAAUUUCUUUUUCGAUUGGAUCAGUUUUCAAAAAGCCAUUUUAUACCAAUUUAUGCUUUACACUAUUCUUUAUUGCUAUAUUGUUUUUGUCUGUACUUACAAUAUUCUGGACUUAAGAUGAUUUCAAGAGCUUUUUCGAUAUUAAAGAUUCUGUUGAAAAAAAAGGCAAAACAAUUUCAGUAAUGCCUUAUAAUUGGAGAAUAUUUAUUGGCAUCUACUGUCUUGCUAAUAUGACAAUCACAUUGUUAUAUGAAAAAUAUGCUCUUCCAUAUUUAGUAAAUUCCAUGAAAAGUAACUUGAAAAAGGAAAAUCACAAAAAGAAAGACACUCCUGAAAGAUAAAUUAAUAACAGUCCACAAUUAAAUGAGUAUCCUUAAGAAAGCAAUCCAAAUUAAAAUAAUAUAAAUAACCUAAAUAACAGCUAAUAAGUGGCUAUUUAGAUAGGAUAGUAAGAUAUGUAGAUUUGA